AUGGCAUCAAGCCAACUGCCAGAUUUAUCAAUUGAGGGAACGCUCCAGUUCUUAGAGCCUCGAGUAGAAUCACCCUCCACCACUACCAACAACAAGAACAAUGUAUCCACCACCACCACCACCACCACCACCACACGCAAGAUUGCGCCCUCAUUGACAUUGAUCAAUAGCUCGAUUUAUUACAAGAGACAAGCCAAGAUUAAUGAUGCUAAGAUCUUGGCAAUCCAUGAACUGUUACAUAAACUGGGGAUGCUAUUCAUUAUAUCGCUCUAUUGUUUUGUUAAGAACUUGAAUGAUACCGUAACGCGACCUAAACAAACCAUUGAGAAUAAAAUGGAUAUGUUUAUCAAGUUUUAUUUAGAAAUCUUUCAAGUAUUGCCGUUUCUCGGUGAGAUUGAGUUGUCUCGUGAAGAGUUUGAGAUUGUUUUGUUAUUGUUUGAUGAGUUUUUCAUGGACUAUAAUUUUAUAACUUUGUGCCAAACCCACUUGAAAAAUAGAGGCAAAUUGCAACAAGCCAUUGCUGGCUGGUUUAAAUUGAGAGGAAUUGUUAUGAAGUCUAACGGGGAUUUUAUUAGGGAAGUAUUGAGCGCUGGAUUAAAUGAUUGGUUUUUGCACCUACAAAGAUGA